ACGCAAAGCCAGACACCCGGAAGAUUCAAACGCGCGACCACGGCAGAAUGAAUCGUUUUAAGACUUCCAAAUAUAAGAACACCACUCCGAAAAUCCCGAAGAAAGAUGGCUGGAUUGCUAAUGUACGAGGUGGCAGCUUCACUUCUCAGGGCAACCACAUCAAAUCCAGCUGCAGUCUGGUGGCCUUCAACACAGAUCAGGCUGGUGGUGGAAUAGUCGGCUUGUCCUCUUUGAAUCCUGGACCUGAAGGGAAAUGGACCGUGACCCAGAUUCCCUGCCAUGCUGACCAGGUAACUGACCUGGACUUCUCUCCGUUUGAUGACUACCUCCUGGCAACCUGCUCGGCCGAUGAGACGGUGAAAGUGUGGCGUGUGUGCGAUGCGGGUCAGGAUCAGCCCGGCAGUGCAGAGGUGACUCUGACUCCAGGAGACGGUCGGCUGGAGAUCGUUCUCUUCCACCCUGCGGCUUCAGAUCUGCUCGCCGUGGCGUCCACAAAGGGAGUCCAGGUGUGGGACAUCAAGAGAGACUCCGCCCUCACAGUACUGGAACAGCAUGCAGAUCAGAUUCAGGGUCUGUCCUGGAAGGAAGAUGGAUCUCUGUUGGCUUCGUCCUGCAAGGACAAGAAGCUGCGUAUCUUCGACCCGAGGGCUCAGCCAUCAGCGGUUCAGUGCACUCAGGGCCUUCUGGGAAAUAAAGACUCUCGCAUCCUUUGGGUCAAAGAUGACAACUUGCUCACCACUGGCUUUAACCAGGUACGUCAACAGGAAGUGAGGCUCUGGGACAGCAGGAAGUUGAGCUCGUCCCUCAGAUCCGUGUCUCUGGCCACCUCCAAUGCGACUCUGAUGCCUCUGUUCGAUCCUGAUACCGGACUGCUCAUAGUGUCUGGAAACGGUGAAAGUGUGAUCGACUGUUUCGAGCUCACUGUCACUGAGCCCUUCCUCUCACAAGUGAGUCAUUGUCUGACUGACACCUCGACCCGCGGCGUCGCUCUGGUGCCCAAACUGGCUGUGGACGUCAGCAGCUGUGAGGUGUUACGAGUGCUGCAGCUCACAGACAACUUCAUAGUGCCCAUCAGCUAUCAGGUGCCACGCAAGGCAGGACAGGACUUCCAUGCGGACCUGUAUCCAGACACGGCGGGCCACACUCCGGCCAUGACAGCAGACGAUUGGUGGAAAGGAGAGAACACACAGGCGGAGAGAGUCGGUCUUGACCCAAACAAGAGACCAAAAGCCAACACUCCAUCGGCAAAGGUGCCAUCGAAAGGUCUUCCCCGUGACAAGAGCAAAGAGGAGGCAUCGACCUCCAGCAGUCCUGUGAGCACCCCCAGCAGCAGCAGCGCAGCCCCGUCACGCUCUCCGUCCUCCACCAGCGGCCUGUCGUCAGGCUUUCUGCCGAGCCCAAGCCCCAGCCAGAGCUCUCGUGCCAUCCAGAACAUGCUGGGCCCGAGCUCGAAGUUCCGUCACAUUCAAGGAAGCGUUCUGCACCGGGACACCCACAUCACCAACCUGAGAGGGCUUCACCUGACCACACCGGGCGAGUGUGACGGCUUCUGUGCCAACGGACAGCGUGUAGCGGUUCCCCUCGCCAUCGCUGGAGGCCAGAUCGCUGUAUUUGAGCUGUCUCGCCGUGGAAAACUGCCGGACACGGCUUUGCCCACCAUACAAAACACUGUCAAUGUGGCCGACUUCUGUUUCGACCCCUUUGACCCUCAUAAGCUGGUUGUGGCCGGUGACGAUGCCAAGAUCCGUGUGUGGCAGAUCCCUGAAGGAGGCCUGACGGAAACCCUGACCGAGCCGGUGCUUGUCCUCAAGGGACACACUGAGAAGAUCUACUCCAUCAAGUUCCACCCCCACGCCUCAGGCCUGCUGGCGUCCUCCUCCUAUGACCUCACGGUGCGUCUGUGGAACCUGGAGACGGGUGAGGAAGUCAAGCGACUCAGCGGACAUCAAGACCAGAUAUUCGCAAUGGCUUGGAGUCCAGAUGGCAAGCUGUUGGCCACCGUGUGUAAAGAUGGGAAAGUGCGUCUGUACGACCCACGCAAGUCCGGUCUACCCCUUCAGGAGGGUCCCGGUCCUGAGGGCCAGCGAGGGGCCCGUGUGGUGUGGGUCUGUGAUGGCAAAUACCUGCUGGUGUCAGGAUUCGACAGUCGCAGUGAGAGACAGCUGUACCUGUACUCCGCCGAGUCCUUGGGGUCUGUGGCUACCGCGCCGGCUGACGUCUCCCCCUCGACCCUUAUCCCUUUCUACGACCCGGACACCAGCGUCCUCAUCCUCACCGGGAAGGGUGACACGAGAGUCUACAUCUUCGAGAUCGCUCCAGAAGCUCCGUACUUCAUGGAAUGCAGCAGCUAUAAUUCCUCUGAACCACACAAGGGGUUGUGUUUCCUGCCCAAGACUGAAUGUAAUGUCCGUGGUGUGGAGGUUGCCAGAGCCAUCCGACUCGGCAAGACCACCAUCGAACCCUUGGCCUUCAAUGUGCCCCGUGUCAGGAAAGAGUUUUUCCAGGAUGAUGUAUUUCCUGACACUGCCGUGUGGUGGGAAGCAUCACUGACCGCCGCUGCCUGGCUCUCAGGAUCCAACGGACAUCAUCGUAAACUCAACCUGCAGCCUAAAGACAUGACGCCUGUGAGUGAAGCGCCUAAAGAAGCUCCUGUGAGGAAAUAUCUGCCCUCUUCUGUUUACCUGGAGGAGAAGACUGAUGAGCAGAAGAAAGAGGAGCUCUUGAGCGCUAUGGUUGCUAAGCUGGGUAACAGAGAGGAUCCUCUGCCACAGGAGUCUUAUGAAGGGGUGGAUGAUGAUGAGUGGGACGACUAGCAUGGCCUUGUUUUCGAGUCAGGGUGCCAACCGCAGUAAGGAUAGAUUCCCACUGCGUUCAUUUCUUGCCAUUCCAGGGUGCCAAUCUCCCUCUGAAACUCCAACACACUCCUUAAAACCCCACAUCUUCUCUGUACGGCCUGGUGCAAGAAACACACACUCUUGUGCCUCUGUUUGUCUUUUAGAUAAUCACCAUCAUCUCUUUGCAUUUGCUCGAUGAAUGUUUGCUAUUAACGGUUACAUGCCAUUUUUCACACAAACGAACAGGUUUGUAAAACUCAGACGUUCAUCUCAGAUGUAUGACACUGUACAUCAUUCUAGACUUAAAUUCGUUCAACAGGGUGAGACACAACUGUAAUGUUUGUGAUUUUUAAUGGUGUGUGAUUUUUACAGAAUAUUUUAUUGGAUGUAUGACAACUGCAUGAUAGCAAGUUUAUUCCGUGUUUCAGAAGACGAAUCUUUCUGGUGCACUCGAAAUCAUAUCUGGACUGUUUUAACGUGGUUGAAUUACUUGUUUGUUUCACAUUUAGAUUGUGGAUUUAAAAAUGACAUCGUACAUGAAGCGUUGAGACAUUCUUUAGUUUGUAUGGAUUAAAAAUCCUCUGGAGACUGUUAAAAUACUCCUUUCUCAGACUGGAUAUCUGUAUAUUUCUUAACCUCACCAUCAGUAUUAACACAAUAAUUAAUGCUCAUGUUUUUCUUCUAAUCAGGUCAAUCAGAUGAGGCAAUAUUAUUUUUUAUUCAUUAACAUGUUUACAUAUGACAGGACAGAAGUCGUGCAUGUUAUGGCACUCGUGCCGUGAGACGUGAUGUGCUUUGUACGUGAUCAUGUUUUCAUAUAUAGACAGUGGAUAUAAAUGGAUUUGUGUGUAUUUUUAAUAUGUGAAAUAAUUUGUGUGCAAUCUGAAGGUGUUGAUGGCUUUUCCCUCAAUGUUUCUUUUAAUACUUUGGCAAUAAAUUUUUCACUUUAGUUUU